CGCGCACGCACACAUUUUCCACUGUUUGUACAUUAAAUUUCUAGUGAUUGUAGCUGUUGACACGCGAGUCAGCGCCGGACCAGCCUUGAAGUAAUUGCUCAACCUGCUACUAAUAAAUAGACUUAACGACGCACACACUGUAUAUUAUAUCCUAGAUACACUAUACCAUUAAGAAAUGUUGGGAUGGUCUAGGCUGGAACUGUUUUGAUCAUAUCUGCUCAGUUCCAACUCACUUAUAGGUGAACAACAACAGUACUAAAAUUUAGAACUUAUAUUUAAGACUUCUACUUCAAUUCCUUCUUCCUUUCAAUAUGUAAACAACGCGUCGAUGGGUUAACUCCAGAACACUGAAUCAGCCUAAAUACAGUAAAUGCACUGACACACACACAUACACACACAUACAAUUGCUUGUGUCCAGGCCUAGCUAUUAAAAUAAAGCAAAAACAUAAACAUUUUUCUUUAACUUCAUCAUACAAAUUUAAGCUGAGUUUAAAACCGUUAAAACUUGCGAUUAAUUCAGAAUAUCUUUUUUUUUUUAACUAAUUCUUCAUACAAAACUAUAAAUGAAUAUAUUUUGAUUAGAAAAAAAAAAGGUAGGGAAGCUAUGUUCUCAAAUAAAGUGGAUCCGUUACCCCAAAAGAAUUGGAGAAGUAACGUCCGAAGACCAAGUUAUAUUAAUACAUGUGAAAGUAAAACACAAUGGACUUUACCGUUGAGUGAAAGACUAAAGCGAAGGGAACAGGAAGGAGAAUUUAAAAAAGACGUUGAUCGCAGUGCCAAAGGCUUAACUAAGCAGAAAUGGAACAAAUUCAAACGAGAACUGCGCGAAAUUUCCUAUAAACUGGAACCUUGGAGAGCGUCUAUUAAAGCUGUGGAAGGUUACCAUGGCAGCGGUGUGGCAUCAUACUUCAUGUUCAUGAGAUGGAGCCUCUUUCUCAACAUUGGUAUCACUCUUUUGAUCAUUACAUUCGUCACAAUCCCACAGGUAGCUUUCCCAAAGAGAGACUAUUCGCCGGCCAUUUUCGGUAUUAACAAAACAUCGGUUCAGAUAGACGAAGCGGUAAAAUGUUCGAAGGAUUAUGUAUUAAAAAUCAAUAAAACUGACGUGAAAGCGCUGUUGCUUGAUUUUCUCCAAGGCUCAGGCUGGAUGGAGAAGACAGCAUUGUUCUAUGGAUAUUAUGACAAUAAAGAACUCUUCACUUACGGCAAAACUUACAUCAUACCUUUGGCAUAUCUCCUUGUUUCCAUUUCCUGUCUACUUUACAGUGUCAUUUUGAUGGCUAAAAAAUCAGCGGCCAGUUUUCGCGACAAUGUUGAGGACGACAGAGCAGGAGACAAUUUCCAGUUUUUCAGUCUGGUUUUCUUGAGUUGGGAUUACACCAUUACCGAUGCAGUUAGUGCUAAACUGAAGAAAGCGAGUAUCAUGAAGCAGAUACAGACGGAACUGGCAGAAAAACAAUACAAGCUUAAGAAAGAAAAUCUAACAAAAAACCAAAGGAUUCUGAUGUACACAAUACGUGUGACUAUCAAUAUAUUUGUGUUAACAUGCCUGACUGCCAGUGCUUAUCUUAUAUAUUAUGUGACGCAGUAUUCUACAAACUUUACAAAAAUGGAUACAUACAGUGGACAACACAAAAUUGUCAAGUUACUUGUGGAAUUUAUGCCAUCUCUGACAAUUUCAGCUUUAAAUGGUUUCGUACCAAUUAUAUUCUCUCUGGUUAUUAUUAUUGAGGAUUAUGCACCACAAAAUGAGGUUAUAAUAACGUUAGGCAGGACUAUUCUGUUACGACUUGCUUCGUUGAUAUUCCUCGUUGCAAGUCUUUACAAGGAUGUCAUGUGCAAGCCCAAAAAUGUUUGUGGGAUUGGAAUGGAAUCGUGUACAAAAAUUACGUGUUGGGAAUCCUAUAUUGGUCAACAGUUUUAUAAAUUAGUUAUUACAGACUUUGUGAUCAAACUUGUGUUAUGUCUCACUGUAGAACCGAUACGCAAGCUAAUGGCGAAAAAACUAAAAUUCAAAUUACUACCGCAGCCACAGUUUAAUGUGCCCCAGAACGUACUUGAUCUCGUUUACAUCCAAUCUUUAUGCUGGCUUGGUUUCUUCUUUGCUCCUUUAAUUACAUGUAUGGUACUGAUAUCAAUAUUUAUCACUUUCUAUUUGAAAAAGUUAUCAGCCCUACAUUGGUGUGCCGCCUCUGUGAAACCGUACAAAGCAUCCAAGUCACAGUCUCUAUUUGCUUCAGUACUUAUGGUGUCUUUCUUCCUAUGCUGCCUUCCAAUAGGUUAUGUCAUUUGCAAAGUUCCACCAUCCCGAAGUUGUGGUCCAUUCCGUAUUUAUAAGUACAUGUAUGAAAUUUUAACAGUUACCUUGGAGUUCUGGCCUAUUUCAGCAGCAAUAACAAUCAGUUUUCUUACAUCAGGAGCCUUUGUUCUCACAAUAAUCAUAGUAUUACUGUUGUUUCUCUAUUAUUUCUAUAAGAAAAUUGCUUCUCAAAGUGCAACUAUCAAAAUACUGUCUAACAAACUGAAUUCAGAGCGCAAGGAAAAAUAUUACUUCAUGGUGGAAGCAAGUAAAUCAUUGAAACAAGGUCAAGCAAACAGGGAAUACCCAACACAAGCUAGAGAACUUGAGGAAGCCACUGGCUCAACUGAAGUGCUUGACGAGAACAAAUCUUGAAUCAGAAAUUGCAACUAUUACUAAUGCUGAUAUUAUUAUUAUGAUUAUUAUUAUUAUUAUUAUUAUUAUUAUUAUUAAGGUGGUGAGCUGGCAGAAUUGUUAGUGUGCUGGUGAAAAUGCUUUGCGGCAUUUUGUCUGUCCUUAUGU